AUGAAUAAACCUAGAACCUUGCCACUAUCCAUCAUCCUCAGAUUGAACCAGUCCUUGAAUAAGACUAUCUUGAACAAGAAGUUCUAUAGUGAAGUCAAUUCAAAAAUUUUAACAAAAGCUUCCACUAUUGACGCAAAUUUGUACUUUAUCUGUUAUUUCACUUUACUUGUUUCAAGUGUAUUGAAUAACAAAACCAGAAUCAGGAAAUUCUUACAAGAUCAAAGAUUAAAACUCGUGGCAUUGAUAGAGAAAACUUUUGGUGUUAAAGUCUCCGAAUCAAAUAAUAAAUUGUUAAAUAAGAUCGGGACUAAACACCCUAUAGUUGAAUCAACAUCUAAUUUAGCUCCUUAUUUGAAAAGAAUUUCUAGUUAUCUUUCAGAUGUUAGAAUAUUCAAUAGAUUGUUUGAUACAGUCAAAUAUAUGCCAUGGAUCAUUGGUGAAUAUGAAGCUUUCAUUUCCAAAACUUCCAAGGUUUCAAAAUUCACCAGAUUUAUUAACUUGUUUCAAGCGUUCAAUUGUAUUUUAUUAGAAGCCUUAGAAAAUCUCGGUUGGUUAACCGAACAUAAUUGGAUUGGUACCAAUGAUAAUAAUUAUUGGUGCAUUGAAACUUAUAUUUGGUGUUCAAGAGUAUGGGGAUUUUAUAUUAUUAUUGAAGUAUUGGAAUUAUUCAGAAGAACACCAUAUAAAAAUUGGGAUAAAGCAUGGAAGAUUGAAUUGUUCAAACAAGUAGUUCAAAUUCCUUUAGUAGUUCAUUGGUCUUUAUAUGAUGGUUGUUUGACACCAUUUUGGGUUGGUAUUUGCGGUUCAGGAGCUUCAUGGUGGGGAUUUAAAGAUUCUUGGAAAUCAUUAGAUUUAUAG